AUGGCGACAUCUUCUAGAAGAUCAAGCGGACCGGUUUUGCCGAUUAGAUCGGCGUUCCAAAGGUCUAUCUCACCGACCGGCCGGUUUAGCAAUUCAACUGAUACGUCGUCGUUUGCUUCUUCGACGAGUUCUAGCUUUUACUCGUCUACUAGUUCUACAGGUUUUUUCAACCGAUCGGCAUCUCCAACGCGCGUGAACCUUCAUGGCUUUGCACCACUCGCUCCUACGCGCGUGAACCUUCAUAUCGACAGAUAUAUAUCUCCUAGGCGUUCGAUGACGCUUUCUUCACGAGAUCAGGUGGUUCGUAGGCACAACAAUAAUAGUAUGAUCUCUCCAAAAAGGACGUGUAUGUGCUCUCCUACAACGCAUCCUGGAUCCUUUCGGUGUAGUUUGCACAAGAGUACUACUAAUUCUGCUCCGUCGAUUUCGUAUUCGCCUAGUCGUUUGAAUGCUCGGCGAUCGGCGAUGACGAACUCGUUGGUGCGUAUUGGUACUGUUGAAGGAGAUCUAGUGAAGCGUGCUUUAGCCGCUCUUAUAAGGCCUUCGUCCCAUCAUCUUAGACGUAGAUGCGAUUUCCAACCUCGUCCUAGUCGACUCUCCAGAAUGUCUAAAGCUGAUGAUGGGGAUAUGUGAGAUAUAGUGUUAAAUGGUUGCAGGUUUGAAAUUCCUAUUUAGUUAGAAGUUUUUUGGCGAUGGCAUCAGAUUCCGGCUGCGAUUUUUAUAGUACUACCGGCGAAUCCAAAGUCCUUACAGUUUUGAUACUCUGGCGGAGCUGAAAAAUAGAAGCUCUCCCUUCUUUUGUUAAUCCCGUCAUUCUUGCCUUUCACCGUGCCGUUAUGCUUGCCAUUUCCUGUUAUCUCGCCGCGUAUGGCGUCGUCUUUGCGUUUGUGUUUCUUCCAAGGUUUUGCGUGAUUGAUUCAAAUUGCGGAGUUGAAGUUUGAUUAUGGACUUGGACUUGGUAUUAUUUAUACCUUCCAUAAAAGGUGAAGUGUUUCCUCUUACCGAGUCUUUGGCGCGGCGGACGGUGUUUGCUGGACUUCGAAGGAUACCUUGAAAUGGACAAUUAAAAUAUAUUUCAGAUAAAUUUGAAAAAUUAUUAAACAAGUACAAUAAAAGGGUAUGGGUAAGGAAAGGGGAGUAGAAUAUUGUAGAAAUUAUUAAGUGGGGCCAAAACUGAUGAAAGCAACAAUCGAAGAUGGGAAACAGGCUGGCUAUGCAUAUGGAGUCUGUGGGCCAGAUUGGACAUAACUGGUUCUUACAAUGCACUUUCCCAAAACUGGUUUGGAUAAUAAAUGGGAAAGGACGGGAAAAAAGUAUUUAUAGUUGAUAUGAAAUA